AAAAAAAAAAAAAAAAAAAAAAACAAUACAAUGUCCGAAGCCUACGAGCGCGAGCGCCAGAACAAUGCGCGGCUGGAGGAACUCUCCGCCAAGGUAUCCUCUUUGCGCGGCGUGACGGUAGAUAUAUACGACAAUGCGAGGGCACAAGAUGUCAUCGACCACACUUCCGACACAUUCUCGUCCAUGUCAUCGCAGCUCAAGGGCUCCGCCGGUCGACUAGGUCGCAUGGCCGCGUCGGGGAACAAAGUAGCCAUCCUGAAGCUCUCUAGCAUUCUCGUGGGCAUCUUCAUAGUGCUAUACUAUAUCCUAAGAUGGGUAUUCUAGACGCCUCAUCACGUACGUACGGACAACAUACAGAACAACGAAAACACACAAAGCCGUCGCUCAAACUUUCGUAGAGCGAGUGGAUCUCUCUCUUCCUAAACGAUACGAUACAGUACUUAUAGACCUACCUAGCCCGUGAAACUUCAGUCGUGUGGAGGCUUCAGUGUUACACAAGACUUCGAAUGCCUAUCUACCUGGUGUAUCAAAUGUAGGGUUUCAUGAUACAAAGAAGAAUGGAUGACUGCGCUUAGUUGAACUUGCAGCAGGAAGAAGAAGAAGAAGAAAGGAGGCACGUUUACUCGAGAAUAAGAACCAUUGAGAUGCCUCGCUUUCGGGAUCGAUGUCUACGUGGCACCAGGCAGUCGCUUCCAUAUUGAGAUAUGGAAGGCGAGUUUGCCCAUAUUCAUUUGACAUUGGGUUAACAAAACCCAUAACAUGGCACAGGCGUUAUGGUUUCAGCCUUGUUUACGCAGAAUAAUGAAUGUAACUGUAGCCUAAUUUAUCAAUAUCUACAAG